CCUUCUCAGCCAAUCAGGGUGUCCGCGCCUCGCCCGCCCGCGGCCGUGUCCGGAGCAGGCUCCCCGGCCAGCCCGAGCCGCGGCCAUGCAGAGGGUGCUGGGGGCCGGGCCGCGGCGCUGGGAGGCGGCGGUGGUGGCGUCUCGGCGGAGCGGGCGGCCCGGGCUCAGGCUCCUAGCGGAGGCGGGCCGGCGUAAGGCCGCGUUACUAUGGCAGCCAGUGAGAGGUGGCGGGGCUCCGCCAACCGGAAGUGACGCGCCGGAAGGCGGAAGUGGCGGGAAAGGCGGCUGCGCUCUCGGCUGGCGCAGGGGGAAGCACGUGGCGGCCGCGGUCCAGGCCGGACUCGACGCGCCCGGCCUCCUGCCCAUGGUGGAGACGUUCUGCGCGCGGGCGAUGCGCGUGGCCGAGGCUGACCUGGUGCAGCAGCUCCGCAGCGUGCGGCCCGCCAAGGAGAAGCGGCAGUGGGUGCACGGCAUCCUGGAAACCAUCCAGCGCUGCAGCCACGUCCUGGAGGUGUCCAUCCCCGUAAAGCGGGACAGCGGCCACUGGGAGGUGAUCGAGGGCUGGCGGGCCCAGCACAGCCAGCACCUCCUGCCCUGCAAAGGGGGGGUUCGGUUUUGUGAGUCAAUUGGCAUUGAUGACGUAAAAGCCCUGGCAGCCUUAAUGACAUACAAAUGUGCGGUGGUGGAUGUUCCCUUUGGUGGUGCCAUGGCUGGCGUGAAGAUUGAUCCAAAGAAGUAUUCAGAAGGUGAGCUGGAGAAAAUAACACGGCAGUUUACGGUUGAAUUGGCGAAGAAGGGAUUUAUAGGGCCUGGAACGGACGUUGCUGCUCCUGACAUAAACACAGGGGAAAGGGAGAUGUCCUGGAUUGCUGACACCUACUCCCGCACGCUCGGCUACAAGGAUAUCAAUGCCCAUGCCUGUGUGACGGGGAAGCCGAUUAGUCAGGGAGGAAUCCAUGGGCGAGUCCCUGCCACAGGCCGUGGUCUGUUGCAUGGGAUUGAGAACUACAUCAACAACACCCUCUAUAUGAACCUCAUUGGCCUGAGCCCUGGUUUCCCUGGCAAGACCUUUGUGUUGCAGGGCUUUGGCAACACGGGCCUGCACACCAUGAGGUACCUGCACCGCUACGGAGCACGCUGUGUGUGUGUUGGGGAGGUGGAUGGUGCUAUUUACAAUUCCAGUGGGAUCCAUCCCAAGGAACUACAAGAUUAUAAGAUGGAACACGGCACCAUUGUUGGCUUUCCAAAAGCAGAGCCUUACGAAGGCAGCGUCCUUGAAGUACCUUGUGACAUCCUCAUCCCAGCUGCUAUCGAGAAGCAGCUCACGAAGGAGAACGCGCAUCGGGUCCAAGCCAAGAUUAUCGCCGAAGCUGCCAACGGCCCCACAACACCAGCAGCCCAUGAGAUCUUCCUGCAGAGAAAUAUCCUCGUCAUCCCGGACCUGUAUGUGAAUGCCGGCGGCGUGACCGUUUCCUUCUUCGAGUGGCUGAAGAACCUGAACCACGUGAGCUACGGCCGCCUGACCUUCAAGUACGAGCGUGACUCCAACUACCACCUGCUGAUGUCUGUCCAGCAGAGCCUGGAGCGGACCCUUGGGAAGGGCAGCGGGGAGAUCCCCAUCGUCCCCUCCCCGGAGUUCCAGGCCAGGGUGGCAGGGGCCUCAGAGAAGGAUAUCGUGCACUCGGGGCUGGCGUACACCAUGGACCGCUCGGCCCAGCAAAUUAUGAACAUCGCCACGAGGUACAACCUGGGCUUGGACCAGAGAACCGCUGCCUACCUGUGCGCCAUCGAGAAGGUGUUCAGAGUGUACAAUGAAGCUGGGUUCGCAUACUGACCCUCAGAAGAAAGUCGUUCUGGAGAAGGAACAUCCCCAUAACCCAGCUACCAGCGCACAGGAGUAAGGAGCAGCAGGCACUUGGAGGACAGAGGCACACCAGCCUCUUUAACAGUGCAUGGUCCGCCCUGCGUGCCCUGGUCUAGGCAGCCCUCGCCACCGUACAGACCAGUAUAACUUCGCAGUUACUAAAGUGCUCUUGGAAGUGCUGGCGUAGCUCAGGUUUCGCUGUCUUUCCUCCCUCUUUCAUGGCUCCGCUGGAGAGAACAAGUUUCUUUUCACUUUU